UGGGGGAACUGCGAGGAGCUACCAGCAUGACAAUCAUGAUAAAGCAGAGAAUUUGUGCAAUACUGUGAUAAUAACGUGAACAUGGACGUGGAUUAUGUCAUUGUUGAUGUCCACUGUGAUGAGCAAGGAGGAUCAUGCUUGGGGUUUUCUUCCAGAUUGAUCUACGGUGAACAGAGAACAAAGACUUAUUCACGAUUGCAGUGUUUCAUCAUGAACUAUGAAAUUUUGUUUGUCAAAAGUUUAGAUUGUCUUGUUGUUGUCCGUGGUUAGGUGAUGCAGUUUCUGUUCGGAUGUCGAUCAUAACUGUGGAAGAAGUUAUUUUGUCUCUGGGUUGAUAGAUUGGAGGAUGAUACUAUUGCUCGAUCCUCGCAACAACCUGACGUAUUCCUGCAGGAUUGCUCCUUCCCUGCUUACUUCUAUACCCAGCCCAUGGCCACUGGCCCGGGCUUCUAUGACAACCUCUGCCCCCAGUCCUGGCAGGAUGGCUCCGCUGCCACCUUCACCCUCCAGGAUCCCCACCAGCAGACCUUCGACUGCCCGGGAAACUAAGUGGCUUGGCUGACAUAUUGAGCUUGGUGAUGAUGUGUUGGGUCAGUUCGGCCUUUCAUGUUGAAUCCAUAGUAAUGGGUUUUAGAAUUUGUUUGUAAAGAAACAUCUGAUCAACUCAUCAA